AUGAAGAGAAAACACGUUGGACCACCCCGAGCGAGUGACCGUCGGGUUUUCAUCAAGACUCUUAACUACGCUCGGCGUUUGUCACGUUUCAAAAAUCGAGAGACUAUCAAAGCUGUUCGUGCAAUAUUCUCCCAGAAGCCUUUACACAAGUUCGAAGUUGCGCAGAUAGUCAAUUUAUGUCCCGAAACAGCUGAGGAGGCUAAGGCACUGAUUCCUUCCCUUGAGAAUAAAUUGGAAGACGAUGACCUUGAUGAAAUCUUGAGAGAUUUGCACAGUAAGAAAACUUUCCAAUAA